UUAAUGGUCUUCGUCUGCCUCGCGUACCCACCAAUACAAAGCCGCGCGCUGCCACCUCCCCUCUUCCCUCUCCUCACCUCCCUUCCAUUCCAGUCUUCCACCUUGCUUCUCGCAGGCAGCUGAAGCAAUCGGAGCAAGCAGAGAGAGGCCGGCUCCUCCCACCCCCAGGCAGCCAUGGACGCCCCCGAGGCGAGGAGUAGCGCGUCCUCCUCCCCGGAGUUCGAGUUCUGGCCGCUCUACCCCAACCCCGCCGCCUCGCCCUCCUGCGCCGACGAGCUCUUCGCCGGCGGGGUGCUCCUCCCGCUUCCCAUCCUCCCACCGAAGCCGGAGUCCAGGAACAAAGGCAGCGGCAUCAGCCAAUGCGUGCCCGUCGCAGAGCCGGAGCCGGAGUCGCAGCUAGGGGAAGCGUCCCUUCUUGCGACCGCCGCGGCGCCUACGGCCUCGAUGACUUCCCAGGCGCCGUCCACCGGUAGCGGAGGAGGAGGGUCGAAGCGCUGGACCGACAUCUUUUCCAAGAAGCCGGCGCCGGGAGGCGAGGAGAAGGACCGGGAGAAGGACAAGGAGAAGCGCAAGGAUGGGGCCUGUAGCCGGAAACAGGGCAGCGGGCACACCGGCGGCGCGGGCUCGGAGCUGAACAUCAACAUCUGGCCCUUCUCGCGGAGCCGCUCGGCCGGCGGCGGGUCCGGCUCAUCCAAGCCGCGGCCGCCCACGAGGAAGGUGAGCAGCGCGCCGUGCUCGCGCAGCAACUCCCGCGGCGAGGCCGGCGCCCCUCCGCUCCGGCGGUGGGCGGCGAGCCCGGGCCGCUCCGGCGGCGGCGUGCCGGUGGGCCGGUCCAGCCCGGUCUGGCAGAUCCGGCGACCGGCAGGCAAGCCCGCGCCCGCCCCCGCUCCAGGCCCUGCCCCUUCGGCCUCAGAGCUGUUCUCCGACAGGCGGGCACCGCCGCGGCAGCACAAGGACAAACCCGCCGGCGUUGCCAACGGCCGGAAGCCCGGCCUGAGUGGCGGCGUCCGGGGCCUGAACCUGAGCGUGAACUCGUGCAUUGGGUACCGGCACCAGGUCAGCUGCCGGCGGGUGGAAGUCGGCGCCGCCCGCGGCCCUGGCCCCGGCGGGCUGUUCGGUAUCAAGGGGCUCUUCUCCAAGAAGGUGCAUUGAGUGAGCCUGUUUUGUGUUCACCCUCGGGCUCUCUGAUCACUCGUGUAGUAACUCCUUUUUUACCCUUUCUUUUACUAGUACUUUUUUAACCUUGUGGGUUAUAUAUAUAAAUGGUACGAUGAGAUGUGUGUUCGUGAGCGAGGUUGUUAAUUACAUGUAAAAAAUUGCAUGGUUAGCCAGUAACCGGUUUUUGUAAGGCUAAUGCUUGCUUGGUGACAUCUACUGUAAAAAGUUCGCCAACGUUAACCACCUCUGUUUAUGAUGUGAGCAACGGCCAUGGUAAGUAUUGUAGUACUCUGCAAACAGCCCGCAAAAGAUGAGCAUUGAGAUGGAUGGAGGCCACUUUGCAGAUUCAUUUUGUUUUA